GCCCUCUACUCUUCUCCCUCGCAACGGACUCUCCCUUCAAACGGGAAGCAAGAUGGCGGCGGCGGGUCCGCGCACUCGGGCCUCUUCUGCGGCAGCCGCGGCAGCUCUGAGUCGGCGGGGCCGGCGGGGCCGCUGUGACGAGAUGGCGGCGGCGAAGACGGGGGCCUCGGGCCCGGCCUCCGGCUCUGCGCUGCUGGUGCUGCCGCCAUCGUUGCUACAGCCGCCGCGACCGGAGGAGUCGGGCUGCGCCGGGUGCCUGGAGACCCCGGGGGAAGCGGCGGCCCUGCCGUGCGGCCACUCGCUGUGCCGAGGCUGUGCCCAGCGCGCCGCCGACGCGGCGGGUCCGGGCUGUCUCCGCUGCCGCGCCCGCGGCCCAGGCUGGGCCCGCCGUCGGGCCCGCGACGACGGCCAGGCCGCUGCGGAGCUCCUGGGCGAGUGCGCCCGCCGCGGCCAGCGGGAGCGCAGCCGCUCGCGUCGGGACGGGGACGGGGGCGCGGCCGCCGCCGCGGGGCCCAGGCCCGAGCAGGAGCCGCGCGCCGCGCCUGCGGAGCAAGAGUUUAUAUUCAGAGCACCAAUCAAAUUAAGCAAGCCUGGGGAACUCUGUGAGGAAUAUGAAAGCCUAAGAAAGCUAAGAGGAGACAAGUUACAAGAGGAGAAAACCUCUGAAGAUCACAAGCUGUUAUCAGAGGACACAGAAACAGCAAAGAGGAAAAUGGACGAACAGAGAAAACGACAUGAGCCAUUUGUACCAUUUGUACCGAAAAAUCUAGAGCGAUGUCCUGCACGUCUCUCAGACUCAGAGAACGAAGAACCUUCCCGAGGCAAGAUGGCACAGACACAUCGCUCUGCAUUUGUUUCCAAGAACAACUCCUACUCCUUAGCUUUCCAGGCAGGGAACCUAAAUUCUAAGGUGGAGAGGAGUCAGAGCUGCAAUGACACUGCUCCAGACAGAAUGAAGAGACUCAGAGUAGCCCCAACCAGCAAAGCCAAGGUCACAGCUAUGACCCCAGCCUCCAACCCCAUCAUUGGUGUUCUCUUGUCCACUCAGAACAAUCGCUGCCUCUCAGCUCCUGACUUAGCCAUUGAAAAGCGUCUGCCAUUCAGUUCCCUCUCUUCCUUGGCUUCCCUGCACAAGCCAGAGCGGUCCAUCAGUCCUGAAAGCAAUGACAGCAUCUCUGAAGAAUUAAACCAUUUCAAACCCAUUGUCUGCUCACCAUGUACUCCUCCCAAGAGGCUUCCCGAUGGCCGUGUGCUCAGUCCCCUCAUCAUUAAAUCAACACCUCGAAACCUAACCAGAAGCCUACAGAAGCAGACUUCCUAUGAGGCCAGUCCACGGAUCCUAAAAAAGUGGGAACAGAUCUUUCAGGAGCGGCAAAUCAAAAAAACCCUUUCAAAAGCCACCCUUACCUCUCUGGCUUCAGAAGCAGGGGAAGACUUACUUGUCUCUGAAGUUACCCAUUCAAGCAAAAGCAAGGAGAAGCCAUCUCUGGCUUUAAAUACAAGACUGACUGGUAGACAAGUAAUCUGUGAAAACACUGGGCCCACAUCCACUGACCUUGAUAACUGCCCAUCUGUUAGCAAAACAAAAGCAGAGCAGAGCAGUGCUAAUAAGAGGAGCUGUGAGAUUCCAUUGGAUAUCUGCUCUUCUUCAGAACUCAAAGGGGGAGCCAGUGGGACUUCCUUGGGGAGAGAGCAAUUAGAAGGCUCAGGGUCAAUCCCAAAUGCCAAGUUAGAAAAAAUCUGUAUCAGCACAGCUGUGAAAAUCUCUACAGUUAAUUCAGUGCUGCCCAAAAACACUGUUCUGGGUGGAAUCUUAAAAACAAAGAAACAGUUGAAAACAGUGAAUCAUUUGGAUCUGCCUAAUGGUGUUCUGGCAGGUAACCUAUGUGAGGAGUCACUUCCUUCUUUGCGGCGCGGCCGGAAAAGACACUGUAAGACCAAGCACUUGGAACAAAAUGGUUCAUUUAAGAAACUGAGACCCAGUAGUGGUGAGACAGGUCUAACCUCAGCAGAGCCAGCACUGCAAGAGAUGGAGCAGAAGUUGCGGCAAGAGGAAGAGGACCGACAGCUGGCUGUGCAGCUGCAGCGCAUGUUUGACAAUGAAAGGCGGACUGUGAGUCGAAGGAAAGGAAGCGUGGAUCAGUAUCUCUUACGGUCCAGCAACAUGGCUGGGGCGAAGUAGCACCUGAUGCACAUUGUUACCUAUCUUGAGACCUUCUGGGCUUGGUCGUUUUUCCUGAAGAGUUAGUGUUCUCACUUUGGGUUUCUUUCAAGGCAGAACACUGUCAAAUGCGGUUCUGAGAGGUGCCAGGACCUUUGCAGUGUAUAUCCAAGGGAACUGGGUCUCUACCUCACUGUAACCCAGAUCAGAAGCACUCUUCACACACCCCCACCCAGGUGAUACACCCGUGAGGGUUCUUAGCCAAAUAAUGGCAGCACCUACUGGAAUGAGAUUUAGGAGCACAGUGGUCAGAAUCAGAAAUACUAGAGGAAAGAGGGAAUACCUUCUCAAACUGAUAGAUGACUGACUUCUUUCAACAGGGUAUUGUUUUAAAUCAGCGUUGCAGAUGAAAUCAGUUCUUUUUCAGAGAAGUGGAACAUAGUGUAGUUCUUUGGCAGAUCUCCUUUCCUUUGGCACAAGUAAAUAAAAUCAGUUGAGCUUAUGCUUCUAUAAAAUUUACAUUACCUAUUAAAAAAUAACAUCUGGUUAGUGCCAUAUAGUUGACAGGCCACAUUCACAAUCAUUGUUUAAUUUGGUUUUCCCAAGAGACCCCCCCUCAUGUAAGUGGUAUUAGCCCCAUUUUUAGAUGUUGACACUGCAGUGCAGAUGUUGAGGUUUUCUACCAAGUGGCAGGUCCCAGACUGUCAGGGUUGAUCUCCUGACAAAUUCCAUUGAUUUUCCAUACUAACAGGUUGCCAUAACGGACUGCAACCCAAUGGCGUGCAGAAGGAGCCUUGGGGAAGCUGGCUGGGCAUUGACUACUGAAUGUGCCAAAUUCCCAUCCAGGUAGUGAGAUUAACUAAAAGUAUCAGUAUAUCUCUCCACUUGCAUUUUGGUGGGGGUUCCACCCUAUAGGAUAAAACUAUAACUGGACUUCAUUAUUAUUCUUCACAUGGCCAAGGGUUUAUCUGCAAUGUUGAUCUAAAAUCCAAAAUUUUUGCUCAAAAAUCAGGCAGAAGAGUCCUGAAAUUCCAUACUAUGGAAGCAAGGUAUCUAGCUGGAUACAGCUGGUCAGUUCAACUCCAUGUGGAUAUUUGGGGUUUAUUUUCCAUAGCAGCUGACACCAUGUGUCUUUUUGCAUCCCUGGUGGUGCUUGGUGCUUCUGCCCAUCUGGGCUCCUUGGAUAAAGGGAUUAUAGAGUUUUUGGGAAUCUCAUGUAGACUGCAUUCCCUGUGCAUGUAUGAGCUGUUACUAUAAAGUCCUAUGACUGGCAUUUAACAAACCUUCCAGUACUUACACACACACACCCAUUAUCUGUUCUCCCCUUGAGUGCCCCUAGUGAAUUCUGCAGUUUUCCCAUUGGGUGAAAAAAAAAACUUUUUUUUUUCUGGAACUGUCCUCAAAAUCUAGAAACAUAAACAUGGACUUCUGAAAAUGUUAGUACCUUAACAGUUAGUUCUAGCCUCUUCCUCUAAGGCAGAAGAUUUGAUCCAAAAGGGUGACUCAGUGACAAGUGUCACUAGAUAUAUAGUAUGUCACCUUAUUUGGAUUCUUCUUAGGAGACUUACCCUCGUUCCUUGGAAGGAUAUUCCAUUUUUUAGGGUUAUAGAACAGAGAAUCUUCAGUUUGCAACUAAUCAGAAACCUCUGGAUGAGGAGGUGGCUAUCAGAAGGCUUUGAAGUCAUAAAACGAGGUCCAGCUAUAAAGCAGUCUGAGCCAUUUCCUUGUGUACCUUAUACAUGAUUCCCAAAGAGAUGUUCCAGAGGUGUCCUAAGCAUUGUGCUCACUGAGCUGUGUGAAACCUCCUCAGUAACCACUUUGGUGGGGAGUGCCACUCACCUGAAUGUAUGCAGUCUUGUAUUCUGUGUGCCUGUGUCUGCACAUGUGCAGAUGUGUAUCUCUUUGUAUUCACAACAUUUCAAUUCUAAGUCCUAGCAGCAACAUAUGCCCUCCAAGGCUGCUGGAAGGCAUGUUAGUGCCCACAAUAGAAAGGCUGGCACUGGUCUGCAGAGGAUGGGGAGGGUGACUUAGAAAAAGGAUCACUUACUGCCAUUUCAUAUAUUCCUCUUUAUCUUAGUAAACAUUAUUGGAAGGCUAGUCUCAUUGGUAAUAGCAAAGACACUUAUUUUUCCACUUGUCACCUUUUUCUAUAUCUUCCAGUAAUUUGAAGAAGAAAAAAAGAAUAAAAACAACCCCCCCACACACACACACAUUUUAGUUGGAGCUGACUUUUGGUUUUGGAAGACAGAUAAAUAUUUUUAAUAGAUAAAGAUAUAUAUUUUAAAUACUUUCCCAAAGUAAUACUUUCAUUUUAAUGAAUUACAUAGUAGUAGCAGCAAGUGUUAGCUUCAUGUUUAGAGUGAAAAGCUACUUCUUGUUAAGCAAAAUUCCAAAUGCUAUGUCCUCCCAAUUGACUUUCCCCCUUGCAUCUGCUUAAUGGUCCCUGGAGUGGUGGUGACAGUUACUUGUCAAACUUUCAGUAGCAGUCCCUUCAAACAGAGGCAAAACAGCCCAGGUUAAAGGGGAGAAAGGCUUAAUCUUUAAGGUUUUGGAGGAGGGGGAAAAAAAAACCCUUAAGGUAUUAUCUCUAAGAUGCUUUCCAUAUUUAACUGAAACCAAAACAGUUUUUCUUUCUAGAAAAUAUUGCCCUUCUGUUGUACAGUUGGUCAGAAAUAAAGUUGACAUGAAUUAUUGGGGGAGGGAGAUAAAAUAGAACUGUUAGGCUGGAGCUAUAAUAAUGAGAAAGUAUUUCACACAGCAAACAUUUCUCAUAAAUCACUGGUGUUCAAUUCAUCAUAUAGAUUUCCUACCUUAUGCUAACUAUUCCUUUUACAUAUGCAGUCUUUUUUUUUUCUUACUAAAGGGGAAAUUAUGAGAGGUUGGAGGAUGGGAAUUAUUCUGAUAGGAAAUCCAGGAAAGGUAGAAAGCCCUGAGAAAGGGACUCUCCUCCCUCCUUCUUCCAGAGAAUGGAGAAGACUUUGGGAACAUAUUGGUGACCUGCUGAUUAUAUCUGCUAGCAGUCAUCCGGGCCUGUUGGGUGGGUUUCAAAUCAAAUCACCCUGCCUCUGAUCUUUCGUAUAAUGAUCUUUCUUGAAAAUAUUAGUUCUUGGCCAAGGCUUCCCAGAAAAAUCUUUGUAAGUGGCUUUAUUUGAAAAUAAUAAUAUUUUUGCUUGGAGAAAGCACUGGUGAUGAGUGCUUUCUGUGUUUUGUUUUUUCCCCUAAAGGAAAAUGACCCUUAAGAGAUUAAAGCUGCUUACUGUAUGGUUACAAAACUGACCAAAAGACUAACCUGAGAAGCUACCAUUAUGCUUGGAUGACCGAAGACUGUGCUAUUUACUCUGUCUGUUCCAUUUGACAGCUGCCUGAGCUUCGAACUUGUGCCAGCCCUAUGCUGGAUCAUGAAGAUACAAAGAUGGAAAGACAGUCCCAACUGUGAGCUCAGUGCCUAAUGGAAUGUAUUUGAAUGUGUAUGUGGCUAGAGAGAGUUUGUUAUAAUCUAGUGAUCUCGGAUGAUCCUACUCAGGAUUCUAACACCCAGCAAGCUGCCUUGAACACUUUAAUAUAUCCCUGUCAGUAUUUGUGAAUUUGUUUGCAACCCUGCUUCCCAUUCCCUAAGUAAUUUAUCCAGUGACUAUAGGAUAGUAAUAUCUCUGCCAGAGCUGUUUUUAGCUGAAUUUUCAAGAUCUGAAGCAGACUAAGGGACUGAUGUGGUCAGAGGUAGCCCAUACUAGGCAUACUCUCCUAAUCUCUGCCCAACCAUACUUCUUACCAGACCUAGCAGCAACGUGGGAUUUCUUCCUUGUCUGGCUCUUCAUUAAAAUUAGAGGCCAGUUGGGGUGGGGAGGGACAAAAGAAAAACUGACGGCUGGAUCAUAAUCAUAAAAUCUGAUAACUAGAAAUAAUCCUACUCAAACUUCCCCUCAUCCCUAUUUUCAUUUUAAAGAAAUGAGAAACACAGUCCCUGCCAUGCACCUAUGUUACACUGUAACUUCCUAAUAUAUAAAUAAAUAGUCCUUUUCCUUACAUAAAAACAUCAUUUGCUAAUGAGGGGGAUAUCUGGAUGGUUUAGGAGGUUUUCUAAUUUUUAACAGCCUUUUCUUUCUAGUUUAUUUAAAUUAGGAUUAAAAUCCCUUCAAUACAUACCCAAAUAGGGAAACAAACUUCUAUAGUCUGAGUAAUAUGAAUAUGGAAUCUUGGGAAGUAAAAUACUUUGACUGGAAUAUCAUUUUAACUACUGCAAGUAAAAAGCCUUCAUUUUUCUUUGAAAGUCAAGAGCUCCUAAGGGAAUUGAGUCUUUCUUUAUCAACACAGUUUUUGUUUGUUUGUUUUGGUCUUGAUUUUAGAAGUGAGUAUAACUGCUCACAAAUUCUUGUUGCACAGUGAGAAAGCAGGUUUGUUUUUGUUUCAUGUGGUGGGCGGUGGGAGGAGGAAUUCUAGGCAAUAGAGGAUACUGAGUAGAUUUUCCUCCAAAGAUCCAGAAAUACAUCUUCACAUAUGAUUAAUUACUGUCUACUAUUCUGAAGAUGACAGUCCUACAGAAAAGGACAUAAGAGUUAUGAAAAGACCACCAGUUUAGAGAUAGGUUAAAUUAGGUGAAGAACAAGUGCCAAGGCUGAAUUUGCACAUUUUAAACGUAUUAUCAGUAUUUCCUAAGGAAAAAAAAAAAGAUCACACACUGGCUUGUAAGUGCUUCCUUAAUAUCUUCUAAGUGUGGAAGGCAACCUCAUACUUUCUAACUUUUCUCCUCACUCCUAAAUCAAGAACUAUUUGAAUAGAGCCACAGUAAAACAGGAUUGCUCAUCUUCUUUCCUCUUUUUUUUUUUCUUUCUUCUUCUAUAAUAUAUGGUAUAAAUUGGGCCAGUGAAAUACCUCACUUGGAUAAUGUGCUGCUUUGCCAUGUGCUCAACCCAGAUUAGAGCCCAGCACCUGUUGAAGACAGUGCCAUCCUGGAUGCACCCACCACAGUGAAGGAAGCCUCGGCACUGUGGUCUAUCUAGAAAAAAAGUUCUGCUUCUAAAAAAUGGAAGCUGUUGUGCCCUGGUUCUGAUUGGCAACAGAUUCUCCCUACUGGUCCUGCCCACGCUGGAACCUGUGCCACCAAUAAGAGCAGAAGCUCAUCCUCUGCGGGUUCAACCCUUAGCCUACAGCAGAAAUGAUAACUAUGCAAGAAAAAAAAUUAUCUUAAAUGUCAUUAAUGGGUUUAUUUUUGCCUGAUGCACUGUUUUCUUCCAACUCUACACACUGUUACCCCUAGAGCCCUUUACCCUCCCACUAAAAAAAAGAAUGAGAAAGAAAGGAAGGAAGGAAGAAAAGAAGGAAGGAAAUAGGUUGUUUAUCAGAUUUAACUUGCUGCUUGCACUAGAGUUGUAGUAGGGCCUUGUAGUAGGUUUCCAUGCCUUCUGACUCAACAUAAAGACUGUUUUCACAAAGUGAACUCAAAACGGCUUUUCAGGAAUGCUUCUGCCAACAAGGAAAUAGCAUGGGAUCAAAUGGGAUGAUAUGUUUACUUAAAUGGAACCAAAGUGCAUUUCUCAAUGUAUAUUUGCCUGCUUAGGGAGAGGCUCAAGUGGAGAAUACAGUAAAACAAAUUCAUAAACAUGAAUGUUGCAUUUUU